GCGACUUCGAAAGCACGUUCUUGGUACUUGGAUCUCGCACAAAACACGCGAUCGCGGAAACAACGCGCAUUUUUAAACAUGUUUCCGAACGGUUUGGUGCUGUGUCUUGGACUUGAGGCAAAAAAUUGAUUUUUUUUCAUGAAAAUGUGCAACGUACUGUGUGCUCACAAGUUGGACUGUCGUAAGUCGGCCCUCCACACUCGUUUCCCCAAAUAAAUAAUGUGCGGUAAAUAAACGUAGAGAGUAGUAAAAAUGUGGAUCGCCGAUUUGAAGAUAGUGUUGGGUUUCUGUAUCUGUACCGCGCUGGCGUACCAUGGCUCCAAGCAAGAUUACAUUAAACACAGGGAAAGAUUCCUGCCGAAGAGGCCAGUAACGACAACUGAAAGUGCAGUGACUAGUGCAAACGAUAUUUAUUACGAGAGUUUAAAGUUAAGGCACCAUUCGCGAUUUCCGAAUUUAGAUAGGGUUAUGAUGAAGAUCGAUAACAUGCAGACUGGCAGGAAGAAGAACGAGAUACACCCCGUGCAUAACAAAAUUCGUCAUCAGAACAUUUACAGGACGACUACCACGACGACAACCACGACGGAUGAAGGGCUUUUUGGGGACGACUACAGGGAUUUGGAGUACGAAGAUGACAAUGCCAGUGAUGACAUGAACGAAUACGACGACUGGGAAGAUGAAAACAGCGACUCCAGUGAUAAUUUCGACGAUUAUGAAGACGACGCGGCUGAUGAGGAUCCUUUUUCCGACGAUGACAGCGAUUGGCAAGCCGAAGAACCCACCGAACCCCCGGUCUCUGUCUCGGUCUCGUCCCUCACCAAGUACAAAUGGGAUAAUUAUGGAACACGUUCGAAGGUUGAAGAAAGCAGAAGGCAGCAUCUCAAACUCUCUAACGAAGGAAGGGCGACAAGUGCAGUUAUAGAACACUACAUGAAAGUCAGGCAGGAAGGCCAGUGCCGGAAACCGCAACCGAAGGUGGUGUCGGUGCAAAGCGAACAUCCUGACCCCAGUAAGACUUACACCCCGCAUUGCACUAUUUUGCAUCGGUGUGCCGAAGAUACAGGAUGUUGCUCAAACUUCGAAACGAAAUGCGGACCGAAGACGCAAGUUCCGGUGCAUUUAUACUUUUACACGAAAACCUUAGGCGUCGCUGAAACCAAAGUUGAAAAAUUGACUUUCUACAAUCACACCGAAUGCGCUUGUAUAGAAAAGUCGAAAAAACACACUCCCAUCACGUCGACCACCGAGAAUCAGUUAACCCAUGGAUUGUCACUGAAGCUGGCGUCAUAUCCGGAGAAUAUUAGACACUGCAAAUGCCCGGAGGAAUUUACUCCAAAAUACCGAUACUACGAAUCUCGAUGCACUUGUGAUUGCGACGAGAAUAAUCAAGAUUGCAUCAGAAUGAAGAAAGGAAAAGAAUUUUUCAGUCUUACUGACAGGAGGUGCAUAAUUGAAACUCAGUGUGGUACUCCAGUCUGCGAAUAUGGAGUCUAUAUGAGACACAUCGGACGAUGUCAACGAAAACAGGAGAAACUCGACACUUUUAGCAAAAUGACCGUUAAAUGAAGCGUAUUAUUAAAUUUUAGUGUAAUUAAUGCAAUUUUGCCAGUGAUAUAUUAUUUAGUGAAUUUAUUUGACAUUGACUUUGAUUUGUGUGGAAAGCAUUUUGGGAGGCCCAGAGAUAAAGAGUGUUCAAUUAAAAAAGUCAUCAAGUUGGCGUUCCUUUUUUCAUAGAAGAAAACGUAGAGGAAAACGCAUGUGUUUUAUUAAUUCAUACCGCUCUCUACAAUUGACAUUUUAUCUCUGUUGACAUACUUCACAACGUUUACAAGAAAUCAAAGCCAACGUGAUGACUUUUUUAAUUGACCAGCCGAUAUAUAGAAAGGAAGAAUUCCUGAUGUCGUGUAUUCUGGGUUGCCUAGACUGGCGACCGAUUUGUGUAUGGUGCAUGUGUUUAUGUAUAAGCGUAUUUUUUUUAUGUACCCGAAACCUAGUCUUUAGGUCAAAUUAGGUGCUGUAUUUAAAAGCUUUCAAUAAAUAAUAUAAAUGUCUCCACUACGUAAAA